UCUCGCCCGGCCCACAAACCCGCACCUGGAGCCCGCAGCCCGGGGAGCGCCGCUGGGAGAGAGCCGCCUUCGAUCCACCGUGCAGCAUGGAGGAGUUAGCCCGAGAGAGCAUCAGCCUGCUGGCCUCGGCCUCAGCCAAGCCGCCGCUGGACGUGGGCUCCGGGCCGCGGCUCGGCUCCGUGGGGGCCAUCUUCAUCAUGCUGAAGUCCGCCCUGGGCGCCGGGCUCCUCAACUUCCCCUGGGCCUUCGAGAGAGCCGGGAGCAUCCGCAGCGCCGUCACCGUGGAGCUGGUGUCCCUCGUCUUCCUCAUCAGUGGGCUCAUCAUCCUGGGCUACUCCUCCUCCAUCAGCGGCCAGUGCACGUACCAGGCGGUGGUGAAGGAGGUGUGCGGGCCGGCCAUCGGUCAGCUGUGUGAGAUCUGCUUCGUCUUCAACCUGUUCAUAAUCUCCGUGGCCUUCCUGGUCAUCGUGGACGACCAGCUGGAGAAACUGUGCGGCUCCAUGUAUGAGUUGAUAACUGGUUUGCCGGAGUCUGACUUGCCGCACCACUUCUACACAAACCAGCGCUUUGCUCUGGUGUUGCUCUGCGUCCUCCUCAUCCUCCCACUGUCCAUCCCCAAAGAGAUCAGCAUCCAGAAAUACAUCAGUGGCCUCGGCACUCUGGCUGCGACCUACCUGACUGUGGCCAUCAUCGUCAAGUACCACACCACGCCGUCUGUCCAGGUUCACAUCGCCCCCCUCUACAGCAGCGGGAUCAGCUCCUGGGCCUCCAUGUUCAGCGUCAUCCCCACCAUCUGCUUCGGCUUCCAAUGCCACGAGGCGUCCAUCGCCAUCUACAGCAGCAUGGAGAACCAGCGGCUCUCUCACUGGGUCUUCAUCUCCGUCAUCUCCAUGAUCUUCUGCCUCAUCAUCUAUUCCCUCACAGGGGUUUAUGGGUACCUGACAUUUGGGAAAGACGUGAAGUCGGACAUUCUGAUGUCCUACACAGGCGACGACAUCCUGAUGCUCAUCGCCAGGCUGCUGUUUGGAAUCUCCAUCAUCACCAUCUAUCCCAUCAUCCUGCUGCUGGGCAGAUCCGUGAUCCAGGACCCCCUGCUGAGUUGGCGGCGGCGGCGGUACGGCGUGGUGACGGUGAACUUUGAAAGCCGCAGCCGCUACGCGCUGACAGUCCUGUGGAUCACCGUGACGCUGAUCAUCGCCGUCUUUGUGCCGGACAUCAGCAAGGUCAUCAGUGUCAUCGGCGGCAUCAGCGCCUUCUUCAUCUUCAUCUUCCCAGGACUGUGUUUGAUGUUCGCCAUGCAGUCGGAGCCCGUGUCCCUGAAGACCAGAGUGGUCCUCACGCUUUGGGGCGUCGUGACGUUGAUCUGCGGAGCCUUCAUCUUCGGCCAGAGCAGCACCAUCGCCGUCAUGCAGUUCCUCGGGAAGAUCUGACUGUUCCGCUCCCCUCGCCGCUUCAGUGCCGCUGUGUCACGUUCUCUCCGGUCCCCCGACCGCCCGGUGACGAGCGGCGCCUGUGCCCCCGUCAAGCCCAGAUGAUCUGAUUGAAAUCCUCAGGUAUUUCUGCACCUUUUGUUUUGUUGUGUGUCGGUGCAGAUUUGUACAUAUCAGUAUUCAACCUGUGUGUGUUCGGUCCGUGUGUGAGACGACGAGCACGGUGUUGUACAAACAUGUUUAAAUUAUCAGUCAAAUAAAACUCAUUUCCAGGACCUGGAGGAUUCCACUGCCAUGAGAGAGUCUGUGUGUGUUUAGAAAGAGGAGCUGCUUCCUCACACGUGAUUGGUCAGUGAUGAUGUGUAUGAAA